AUGGUGACGCUCCCGAAUCCAUCGCCUAUUUUCCAAUCCACGCAUUCAUUCUCAACGGAAGCAAAGAGGUCUCUAGAGACUGAAUCGACGCUUCCUGGGAUCAAGCGUGGCAUCGCUAUUGGGGUAGCGUGCUCCGUAUCGGUUGUUCUCAUUGCCAUACUCGCUUUCUGUGCUAUCAAACGAAGGAAUCGCGUUCUCGCCGGUGAACAACAACAACCCAGCACACCAAAAGCCGAGGACGUGGAAGCACAGCCUGAAGCCCAGGAAAAGACGUGGUGGACAAAAGCUCGCCCGCCAUCCCCACCACCAGCAAUCGCGCUGCCGCCGCAACCGCCCGUCGAAGUCGAUGCUCAUAUAAUCUACGAACUCGACGCAGGAUACACACCCGAGCUGCAUGGCGAUACCUGUCCGCAAGAAGUCGAAGCAUGUGACGAGAAUCACGGUGCACCCGAAGUAGCGGAAGACCCGCAUUGGCAGAAGCCCAAGCAAUGGCCAGGGGAGAAUAUCGCAUCCAAGCCGGAUCCAAAAAUAUCUGAUGACGCGGUCACGCGAUGA